GUUACUCUCUCUAGGGUUCUCUCUCUGCCUUUUAGAACUCAAAAAUCUGAAUCCCCAGCCAUUCUCCAGAGCAGCUCUUUUGUACGCUAGAUAAUUGCAAGUUACGGCCUAAGUUACUACCGUAACUCCAUCUCCUAGCCCGUAACUCCUCCUCAAAAUGUUAUCGUCGUGGUGCUCCGUAAAUCAAGAGUUACGGGUUGAUUGGAGGAGUUACGGUCGCAACCGUAACUUGAGAGGGGAGGCUAUAACUCCAGGAAUGCUCAUGGAACCAGGAGUCGUCACUUCUCUAGAGUUACGGGUGCAAGGGGUGAAUUACGCCCCAGACCGUAACUCUGAAGAAUCAUAUGGAACUUUAGCAUUUCUCCUCAGAGAAGUUACGAGCUCUUGUGACAAGUUACAGUUGCAACCGUAACUCCCAAUGCUGGCCCGUAACUCCUCCCAGCUCUCUGCCUGUUCGCUCCAAAUCAUCCCAAAACUCGCUCUUUCACCCCCGUUCACGUACUAGGACCUGAAACAUCAAAAACCAACACAACCUAGCGUAAAACAGCCACAAUAACGAGAAUACAAGCUCAAACAAUCAAGAAAUGAUGGGAAAAACAUGUUCGAACAUAGUGUUAUCAAUAGACAGGGAGAAGGUUGAAACUAUUAGCCGGUUGCCCCCACCAUCUUCUGUCAAAGGGAUUCAUAUUUUCCUUGGUCGUGCCGGUUUCUAUAGGAGAUUCAUUCAAGAUUUUUCAAGGAUUUUUCUACCCCUUACUAAAUUAUUAGAGUAGGAUACAGUUUUUGAGUUUUCUGCAGAAUGCAAGUAGGCUUUGGAAACAAAAAAGAAGUGGUUAACUACUGGACCUAUUAUGGUCUCACCGGAUUGGACUUUACCCUUCGAAUUGAUGUGCGAUGCGAGUGACUUUUCCGUGGAGCAGUUUUGGGGCAGCGGAGGGAUAAACAUUUCUAACCCAUCUGCUAUGCAAGUAAGACCCUAAAUGAUGAUCAAGAGAAUUAUACAACUACAGAGAAGGAUUUACGAGCGGUGGUUUUUGCGUUUGUCAAAAUUCCGACCUUACUUCGUCCUCUCAAAGGUUACUAUUUAUACCGAUCAUUAUGCUUUUCGUUAUUUGAUGACAAAAAUCAAUGCGAAACCUCGGCUUAUUCAUUGGGUGCUCUUGUUAUAAGAAUUUGACAUAGAAAUUAAAGACAAGAGGGGAGCAGAAAACCUCGCAGCAGAUCAUCUUUCUAGAUUGGAAUCCCGAAGCCAAAGAUGAGUCAAGAAAAGAGAUUAAUGAUUCAUUCCCCAAUCAAAGACUUUACAAUGUUCAAUCACGUGAUGAUCAUUCCUCAUGGUUCGCCAAUGUGGCAAACUAUUUGGCCACACGACGACUUCCAUUGGACAUGACUGGACUUGAGAGGAUCAAAUUCUUUUCGCAUCUCAAGCACUAUUUUUGGGAUGACCAGUACUUAUUCAAGGUAGGAUCGGAUGGGAUGAUUAGGAGAUGUGUGGAUUCAUAGGAAGCAAGAAAAAUCAUUUCGCAUUGCCACAUUGGAGCGGCAAGAGGCCACUACAGUGUGCUCGGACGACAAUAAAGAUAUUAUAGUCCCGGUUUUUCUGGCCAACUCUCUUCAAUGAUGCCACAGAUUUCGCCAAUAGAUGUGACAGAUGCCAGAGAUUGGGGAACAUUUCUUCCCGAGACGAGAUGCCCCAAAACAUUUCCAUUACAUGUGAGGUUUUCGACGUAUGGGGUAUUAACUUUAUGGGGCUUGAUUCGGAUCCAAUUGUACAUGUUUUACACUUCAUUUCUUGAUAGUUUGACUUUUCAUUUCAUUGUCUCUCGACCUAUUUUAUGCUAGGUUGUGCUAUUGUUGAUACAUUUCAAGCCCUAACACGUGUGGAAGGUCGAGGACAAGUUACGAAACGAAAGGAGGCAAGAAUGUCAAGAAAUGAAGUAAACAGAGAGAACAAGACCAUGUUCCCAGACCAUGUUCAACACCUUUAGCCUGGACACGACAGUAUUUCAGGCGCUAGAAGAUUCUCGCCAUUUGACGAACAUGGCCUACACACGACCGUGUUCAUAGGCCAUGUCCGCAGCUGAGUUUCAGAGGCUUUUGCCAUCUCACUGCAUUUAAUAUUACUACGGUCGCGCAGAACGUGAUAGUCAAUGAAGAGGCCGUGAAGUGGGGAAAAAACGGAGCAUUUCGUC